GUGCGUAACGCGUCAUCAGCCCGCGCCGUGUCCUGUUUGGACCUGUGAUUUCGAUUCAUCGGUGAUACAGCAGCAGCAGGAUGAUUUCAGCAGCGGUUCUGCGCGGUAUCGGUAGUUUAACCCGAGCAAGAGCCGCAUUCACAGCUCCUCUGGCUGUCAGAUGUUACUCUCAUGCCAAAGUAGAGACAGAUGAGGAGUUCGACUCCCGCUGGGUGACAUACUUCAGCAAACCAGACCUGGAUGCCUGGGAGCUGCGCAAAGGUAUGAACACUCUGAUUGGAUACGACCUCGUUCCAGAACCAAAGAUCCUGGACUCUGCUCUGCGCGCUUGCAGGCGGUUGAAUGAUCUGGCCAGUGCAAUCCGCAUCCUAGAGGCUGUCAAAGAUAAGUCUGGUCCUCAUAAGGAGAUCUACCCAUAUGUGAUUCAGGAACUCAAACCCACGCUCCAGGAGCUGGGCAUCUCCACUCCAGAAGAGCUGGGCAUCGAUAAAAUCUGAGUCUGCUCACAGAUUCCUCAAAGCAGCUAAUAAACAAGGUGUUUGUGAAUUGGAUUGGGUUUUUCUAACUCUCUUCUCACUGUAUGAUAUUCAGGAAGUCAAACUCAGUCCCGUCCUGUAUAAAAAUAAUGGGCCUAAUAAAAAAAAGCAAUACUGAA